AUGAUAUUCAAACUGUCAUCCCUUCUCGACGUGGGUUUCUUUGCAUGGGUCCCUCUUUUGUCUCCUUCUCCACAUCUCACAUCAACCAGUCCUCUCUUCGCAAUUCCUCUCUGUGAGCCCUUGCUUUAUAUAUUCUCUUGCACGUCUCUCUUCUCUUCCAUUAAUGUUGCAUCUCCUCUUUCUUUCCCCUUCUUCUCCUUCCCAUUUUAUGUGAUUCCUCAGGAAAACAAGCAAUCUCUUAGCUCCAUCUUCAACAAGACUUGUAACAUGUCAGCUGCUGUUGCUGCUGCCGCCGCUGCGGCCACUAUGUCAUGCAAUUCUGCAAGGAGUGGUUCGUCGGGAACUUCGGAGAGCCCCCACUUGCAGCAAGGAUUACUAUCACCAUCACCACCACCACCACCGAUGCCACUACCAUUAAGUCGCUACGAAUCUCAAAAGCGACGAGACUGGAACACUUUCGGGCAGUACCUGAGAAACCACAGGCCACCACUAGCACUAGCUCGGUGCAGCGGAGCCCAUGUUUUGGAGUUCUUGAGAUAUCUUGAUCAGUUUGGCAAGACCAAGGUGCAUAACCAAAGUUGUCCUUUUUUUGGCCAACCCCAUCCACCGUCCCCUUGCUCUUGCCCUCUCAAGCAAGCAUGGGGCAGCCUCGAUGCUCUCAUCGGCCGCCUCCGUGCCGCCUUUGAAGAGAACGGUGGACUUCCUGAGACAAACCCUUUUGGUGCACGCGCUGUGAGAUUGUACUUGAGGGAAGUGAGAGAUGCACAGGCUAAAGCUAGAGGGAUAGCUUAUGAGAAGAAGAAGAGAAAGAACCAAACACAACAGCAACAGCAACAGAAGUUACAAACUGCAGGAAAUGGUACUUAUAGUCAUGUUCAACGAGUUAUAAUUGGUAAUGGUGGAACUGGUGGAUAUGUUCCAAGAAAUAUCCUCCCAAAUGGGGCUGCUGUCGUUAAUGUGGGGGAUGUGUCUGUGUUCAACUAA